AUCAGGGACCUAGCUGGCUCCUAGAGGAUUCUGUGACCUCCAAUAUAUGAACACCCACCUGCGGGCAGUGCUUAUCCCAGCAUUUGCUUUUCUAACUUUUAGCAGCUUGGUGAGGAAAGAAUUAUUCCCAUCCUACAAGAGGAUCCCGGAGGUGGCACAUGAACCCAACAGCAACUUAGCAGGGAAUCAAACCCAGGCCUGCCCGGGCUUACUCUCACUGCCCCGGCUCCUGACCAUUCAUCCAAAUAGCUCUCCCUUCCCUGAAGGACACUGUAACUUCCUUGUUGCGUCACCAGCUCAGUCACAAUUGGUUUGAGAGCAGAGCGUGGCCCAGCCUACCAGAUCCCCAGGGCAGCCCUGCCAGCCCAGCUCAGGCUGGCCCGGUUUGGCCUCACACGCACCAUGAAGUACCCUCUGGUGCCGCUGAUGAACGACCUCACGUUCUCUUUCCUGGUGUUCUGGCUCGGCCUGCCCGUGGCCUUGCUGUUGUUCUUAUUGAUCGUCUGGUUUCGCUUCUUACUUAGCCAAGAUUCAGAGGAAAAUGAGUCGGAUUUGUGCUUUGACUGGGAGCCAUGGAGCAAAGGCCCAGCCGAGUGGGACAGUACGCUCCAGAGCCAAGAGGAGGAGAGGCCCGGCCAGUGAGCCAGUUCUGCCAGACCCAACCUGCCAGUUGCUCCCAGCUUGGUUUUCCUGGAGUCCGCUGGGCAGUGGCAAUGGCCGAAGUGGAUGGGAGAGACUCGCCAAGGAGGGGAGAGGACUUCAGCGACUGAGGCGCUUUUCUGGGACGCCCACCUCAUUCGCUCCAAAGUCUCCGGAGGACCCCCAGGUCUCGGGGAAGAGCCCGCAGCUGUGAAGACGGUAUAAGCAGUCAAACGGGGGAAGUUGGCCAAAUGAAUUGAGAAGAGGUCCUCGGGCAGGGCUGGGCCUGAGCGUGUGGGUCCAUAUUAAAGGCAACAGGGGCUGCCUGAGCUCAGGAGACCCUGAUGCGCGUUCUGGGCCUGA